CAUCAAAAUAUACAAAUCAUGUGACUUUUUUUUCACAUGACAGGCUAGCGAUGAGCACGACUGCUACACAUGACAGAUAUCUACAGUCAGAUAAUCAAAACACCUACAGUAUCACAUCGUCGGCAACCUGAAUGAGGCGGAGUCAAAAUGUCGGGCAGUAGGCUUUUCGUGUGGACAGUGUUUCUUGGUAUUUUGUCUUUUGGAGGAGCAUCGAAGUUGACAUUCUCAUCUUCAUCCCUGUCUGUUGAAACACAGGCUACGACUCAUAUUGAUCUCAAACUCGACAACAAACUGAAUAAGAGUGCCGUGGUAUAUUUCACCUACCAGAUUGGUGAUGGUGACAUAGAAGAUACCGAGAACUCACUGCUGAUUCAGCUAAUUCCAAAUGUGACUGUGACCACUGAGGUCACCAAGGUGACUGUCAAUGUUACAGGUGUCAGUCCUGGUCACCUGAACCUGGGGGUCAACUCAUCGGCUGAGGACUGGAGGAGUAGCCUCGAUGAUCAGUUUGUGCGAGUUGACAUCAUCCAUAGUUCAGCCCUAUCUGUUAUCAAUGCUGUGAUUGGUUGGAUGUAUUUUGUAGCUUGGUCGGUGUCUUUUUACCCACAAGUCUACUCUAAUUAUAAGAGGAAGAGUGUGGUUGGCCUAAACUUCGAUUUUCUGUCCUACAAUAUCACUGGUUUCUUGGCAUAUGGCUUCUUCAAUGUAGGCAUGUUCUGGAUUCCUCUUGUGCAGCAACAGUAUUUCCAUCAACAUGCUCGAGGAGUCAACCCUGUACAGCUGAAUGAUGUCAUAUUUACACUACAUGCAGUAUUUGUCACAGUGGUGACAAUAGGACAGUGUUUUAUAUAUGAGAGAGGAGGUCAGAAGGUCUCGAGAGUGUGCACUGUGCUGUUGGUUGGCAUCUGGCUGUUCGCAUUUAUAGCUCUGUUCGUGGCGGUCGGCAAAAAGAUCACCUGGCUGGAAUACCUGUACUACUUCUCCUACAUCAAGCUGGGAGUCACCCUCAUUAAAUAUGUACCUCAGGCUUGGAUGAACUUCAGAAGGAAGUCGACUCUGGGGUGGAGCAUUGGAAAUGUCCUCCUGGAUUUUACUGGAGGCUCCCUCAGUCUGCUGCAGAUGUUCCUGAUAGCCUAUAACAAUGAUGACUGGGGCUCAAUAUUUGGUGACCCUACCAAAUUUGGCCUUGGAUUCUUCUCCAUCCUGUUUGAUAUCCUCUUCAUGGUCCAGCACUACUGCCUGUACCGAGGACAGAACCCAUACGAGGCUAUUAAUGAGAAGGACAGCAAUGUUAAUGACCCUAAAUUUAGUUAAUAUGAGGCAGUCAUUGUGAUUUUGUAAGGUAGUCAUUGCCACUGCAUAAAGCAGUUAUUUCUAUUGUGUAAAGCAGUCAUUGCCAGUAUGUAAAGCAGUCUUUGUCAGUAUGUAAAGCAGUCUUUGUCAGUGUAUGAGGCAGUCAUUGCUAUUGCAUAGGGCAGUCAUUGCCAGUAUGUAAAGCAGUCAUUGCAGUGUAUAUGGCAACCACUGCCCCUGUAUAAGGCAGCCAUUUCCAGUGUAUAUGGCAACCACUGCCCCUGUAUAAGGCAGCCAUUUCAAGUGUAUAUGGCAACCACUGCCCCUGUCUAAGGCAGCCAUUUCCAGUGUAUAUGGCAACCAAUACCCCUGUAUAAGGCAGCCAUUUCCAGUGUAUAUGGCAACCACUGCCCCUGUCUAAGGCAGCCAUUUCCAGUGUAUAAGGCAACCAUUAUCCCUG